AUGGUGAAGUUGAUCGCUCAUCACAAGUGGAAUAUAUAUCAUUUGGCUAUCAAGUCAGCAUUACUCAUUGGCGUUCUCAAGAAAGAGGUGUACAUGCAACAACCAGAAGGCUUUCUUGUGAAAUGGCAAGAAGACAAAGUGUACCAUUUGACGAAAGCCUUGUAUGGCUUAAAGCAGGCACCAAUUGAUGGCUAUCUUCAUCAAAACAGCUUCAUUAAAUGUCCCUAUGAACAUGCCAUCUACAUGAAGAGGAACCAUAAAGGAAGCAAUACCAAAAUGCUUGCUGAAUUCAAGGCGGCAAUGUCCAAUGAAUUUGAGAUGACAGACAAUAGAUUGAUGUCAUAUUUUCUUGGCAUUGAAGUGAAGCAGCAGCAAGAGGGGAUUUUUAUAUCCCAAAAGAAUUACAUGAAAGAGAUCUUAGAGAAGUUCAAGAUGAAUGAAUGCAACCAUGUGAACACCCUAGUAGCCAUCAGAAUGAAGUUCUCAAGAGAAAGAGACGGACAUUUCGUGGAUUCAACUCUUUUCAAAAGUCUAGCUGGCAGCCUGAGAUACUUGACGAUCACAAGGCCCGAUAUUACUUAUGGAGUCGGACUUGUGAGUCGUUACAUGGAGACAUCGAAGGAGUCUAACUUGCUAGCUUCGAAGAGGAUACUAAGGUAUAUCAAAGGCACACUCAACCUGGGUCUCUUCUAUGCAUAUGAUGAAAAUGCACAACUAGUUUGUUACUCAGAUAGUGACGAGGGAGGUGACCAAGAUGAGAGGAAAAACACCAUUGGGUAUGUCUUCUAUCUUGGGUCAACUGCAAUUUCAUGGACCUCAAAGAAACAAGGAGUUGUGACCUUAUCUUCAUGUGAAACAGAGUAUGUGGCGGCUGCAUCUACAGUGUUGGAUCAUCCACAAGAAGACUCGAUCGUAAUUUUUAUGGACAACAAAUCAGCUAUCCAGCUUGCAAAGAACCCAUUACAUCAUGGGAGGAGCAAACACAUAGAUACACGAUUUUAUUUUCUCAAAGACCAUAUAAAGCAGAAAACCAUUGAACUGAAGCAUUGUCACACCACUGAACAAGUAACAGACAUAUUCACCAAGCCAUUAUCAGGUGAAACUUUCAUGAGGCUAAGAGACAUGCUUGGCAUAAAGAUAUUUUGA